CAUACUAUAUAUUUGCCAGUGAUGCCUUCCCUGCCCGAACAACCCUAGUACCAUCUAACAUCCACAGAUCGCCGCCACCUCUCCUCUAGGACCGACAAAGUCCGCCGGUCCUAACCUCCUGACCCCGCCUUGCCGUGGGCGCUGGCGUUGGGGAGACCUACUCCGGCGUUAUUCCUCCACAGCAGCCACCUAGCACGACGGUUCGACGAGCAGGGUCGUCACCGGAUCCGGCGAAUCCAAGAAUGACCGCCACCGGAUCUGGUGAGUCAUGAAGCCCACGACCAUAUGCGUCCACCCCCGAAGCAUCGACGGCAAGAUAACCGUGGUCGUGGCGGGUCCACAUGACACUUUAGGGGAGGUGCUCGGUCGCUUCGUGGACGUGGGACCCAGGAGGAGAAGCGACCUCCACGCCGUGCACGAGUGUCGGAACCUCCACCUUAAGGCGAAAAUCGGCGAGCUCGGCCUCCCGCGCGACGCCACUUUGCACUUAACCAGAUAUCCCGGCGCAUGGAGCCUCGCAUCUCAGAUUGCCGUGGAGGCAACAACCGACGCAGACAUCUCUAACGAAACUGCCGAGUUGUUCAAGAGGUUCAUACACGACGGCGAAGUCUAAAUUGAUCCACUGGCGCGGCAUCUCGGUGUCCCCAACUGCUCACCGUGGACCGACUUUGAGCAUGUCACCAAGAUGCUUUACACCAGGGACAUCGUCCUGCUCGUCAAGAAGUUCCUCGCCGGCGCCAAAGCCACCAACGAGAGACAAGCAGGGACGGCCGUGGAGUACCUCGAUGUCCUCCUGCGCAGCGGUGUCAUCGGGGUUCUGGUCCGCCUCUACUCCACCGGCUCUAUGCCGCAUCACUUAAGAGCCAAUUCGGCGAUCAUCUGCCUCCUGUAUCCGGAGAUAAGCGGCAUACUCCCUCGCCUUGAGGUGUGCUUUCUCCCACUCUUGUUGGAGUUCUGUCGGUUGAUACCCGCCGCCUCCGGCAAAGGCAGAAGCAACCCGCUCUACGAGAAGUGUAGGCACAGGCUGGCGGCAGUGCUCUCUUUGUUCGAGCAGACGUCGUCGCUACGCAUGCCGAAGAUGGCUCAAGAGUGGUUGAUCGAGCAGUUAAUACCAAUUGCCAAAGACGCGACGGACGUGAUCAUUCGCUACAUGGCAGCAGGGUGGGCGGCCCCGGAUGAUAAGCUCUUUGUGUUCAGAGUAUUCUUUGCACUGAUGUGCUACUUCCGGCGCCGAGAGGUUUACGCACAGCGCACUGACGGUCCUGUGGGAGCGGUGAUGUCCCGGACGGCGAUGUCCCUGCUGAUUUCGGUCGAUGAAUUCAUGAGGAGGUUGGAGGGAGCCUUGUCGUCGAGCGAGCGGAGGUCAAGUUUGGCGACCAAGGAGCAACACCAGCAGGACGCGACUCACAGCAUCUUGCCGGGUUUGGCGACCUUGGAGCAGCACCAGCAGGAUACGGUUGACGGCAUCUGGGUGGUGCUAGGCCAACUGGAUAUGUGGUCCGUGACGGACCGCCACUUGGUCGGCGCCAUCCGGGCCACCUGCACGGCGCAGAAUGCGCUCGUGCUCGGCACCAGCGCCGACAGGAGCCGGUGCAAGGACAUCGGCCGGAUUGUCGUCAAGCACAAGGACCUCCUCGGGUUCGACCGACGUGCGGAUGCAUUUCGCCAGAGCGAUGCUGCCGGAAAUGGACGCAACGUGUCAGCGUUCAUGCUGUUUGACGAUGAGCCUCAUGCGCUCGAGAUGCUCAUUGAUCGGUCGCAGCUGCUGCCCGACUUCUUCAGAUAUGUCUCCGAGGCGGCGAGCCACGUGCUCCAUGGUCGCAUGUUCGUGCUUCAGGAUGAGGAGGCCAUUGGCGAGGGGGUAGCAAGGAGUGGAUCUCCCUGGUGUGCCGUGCGCUGUUUGACCCGCGGCAUGGCCUCUUCUCGUCCUGUCCGCGUGACCGGCGAAGGUUCUUCCGAUGGUCGUCACGCACGCACUCAAGACGCAAGCACGUGCGUGCCACGGCAAACAGCAAACGUGUGAGCAGGAGCGGUGUCGUCCCUGGGCAGGACCCCCUCCCUCGCAAUGACGCGUGCCUGCGAUGCCAACCAAAACGCGGUUAACAGCAAACAUGUGCACUCCCUCCGUCCUUUGAAGAGUGUACUUCCAACUUUGUUGGAAAGUUAAACUUUUUUAUGUUUGACCGUAUUUGUACAAUAAUGCACCAACAUUUAUGUCAUCAAAUUAGUAGCAUUAGAUUCAUGAUAAAA